AUGUUUGAAGCUCUGAGCUUUGGCUUUCAAGACAAAGGGGUUGCGGUUGCUAUGUCGUCUCUCAGCAGGGAGUUGGUGUUCUUGAUCUUGCAGUUUCUGGAUGAGGAAAAGUUUAAAGAGACAGUUCACAAGCUUGAACAAGAAUCCGGGUUCUUCUUUAACAUGAAGUAUUUUGAAGAUGAAGUGCAUAGUGGGAAUUGGGAUGAGGUUGAGAGAUACCUCUCGGGUUUCACUAAAGUCGAUGAUAAUAGAUAUUCUAUGAAGAUAUUUUUCGAGAUAAGGAAGCAGAAGUAUUUGGAAGCAUUAGACAAGCAUGAUCGGUCCAAGGGUGUGGAAAUAUUAGUGAAGGAUUUGAAAGUCUUUGCUACUUUUAAUGAAGAAUUGUUCAAGGAAAUCACUCAGCUUUUGACAUUGGAGAAUUUUAGGGAAAAUGAACAAUUGUCCAAAUAUGGUGAUACGAAGUCUGCGAGAGCAAUCAUGUUGGUUGAGCUCAAAAAAUUGAUUGAGGCAAAUCCCUUAUUUCGUGAUAAAUUGCAAUUUCCCAAUCUUAAGAACUCAAGAUUGCGGACUCUCAUCAAUCAAAGCUUGAAUUGGCAACAUCAACUUUGUAAGAAUCCACGGCCAAAUCCAGAUAUAAAAACUCUUUUUGUGGAUCACACUUGUGGACAACCAAAUGGUGCACGGGCUCCAUCACCUGCUAAUAUGCCGCUACUAGGAUCCUUACCAAAGGUUGGAGGAUUUCCUCCUCUUGGUGCACAUGGGCCGUUUCAACCAACUCCAGCACCUGUGCCGAUGCCCCUGGCUGGUUGGAUGUCAAAUCCUACUACUGUGGCACAUGCUUCAGUUUCUGCAGGGGGAGCUAUAGGUCUUGGUGUUGGCGCACCAUCAAUGCCCGCUGCUUUGAAGCACCCUAGGACACCUCCAACUAAUCCUUCUGUUGACUACCCAUCCGCGGAUUCAGAUCAUGUUUCUAAGAGAACAAGACCAAUAGGAAUGUCCGAUGAGGGAAACCUACCUGUUAAUGUUUUGUCGGCGACGUUUCCCGGGCAUGGUCACGGUCACGGUCAGACUUUUAAUUCACCCGAGGACUUGCCAAAGACUGUCAUGCGAACUCUAAAUCAAGGCUCAUCUCCUAUGAGUAUGGACUUUCAUCCAGUUCAACAGACUUUACUUCUUGUUGGUACGAAUGUGGCAGACAUUGGUUUAUGGGAAUUGGGCUCUAGGGAGCGGUUGGUCUUGAGGAACUUCAAAGUUUGGGAUCUGAGUGCUUGUUCAAUGCCAUUUCAGGCGGCUCUUGUCAAAGAUCCAGCUGUUUCUGUCAAUCGCGUGACUUGGAGUCCAGAUGGAGCUUUGUUUGGAGUAGCCUACUCAAGACACAUUGUUCAGAUAUACUCUUACCUUGGUGGGGAGGAAGUACGACAACACUUGGAGAUUGACGCUCAUGUCGGCGGAGUAAACGAUCUAGCAUUUUCUCACCCAAAUAAGCAGCUGUGUGUGAUCACCUGCGGUGAUGAUAAGACCAUUAAGGUGUGGGAUGCUGCUACGGGUAUAAAGCAGUACACUUUCGAAGGUCAUGAGGCUCCUGUUUAUUCUGUCUGCCCACAUUAUAAAGAAAACAUUCAGUUCAUCUUUUCAACGGCAUUAGAUGGAAAAAUAAAAGCAUGGUUAUAUGACAAUUUGGGAUCUCGUGUUGACUAUGACGCUCCUGGUCGGUGGUGUACAACCAUGGCUUAUAGUGCUGAUGGUACAAGACUCUUUUCUUGUGGGACUAGCAAGGACGGGGAAUCCUCUAUUGUUGAGUGGAAUGAAAGUGAAGGAGCUGUGAAAAGAACUUACCAAGGAUUUCGGAAACGAUCUUUGGGUGUUGUACAAUUUGAUACAACCAAAAAUAGGUAUCUGGCGGCUGGUGAUGAUUUCUCCAUUAAAUUUUGGGAGAUGGAUAAUAUUCAGCUUUUGACAACUGUUGAUGCUGAAGGGGGUCUUCCUGCAAGCCCUCGUAUCCGUUUCAAUAAGGAUGGAUCUCUUUUAGCCGUCUCUGCAAAUGAUAAUGGAAUUAAAAUCUUAGCCAAUGGAGAUGGUAUUCGAUUAUUGCGCUCAUUAGAAAAUUCUUUAUAUGAUGCAUCAAGAACAUCAGAAGCCAUGACAAAGCCUACAAUAAACCCAAUGUCAGUUGCUACUGCUGCAACUAGUGCUGCACUUACAGAGAGAGCUUCAUCCGUGGCAGCUAUUGCUGGAAUGAACGGGGAUGCUCGGAGUUUGGGUGAUAUUAAACCUAGAAUAAGUGAAGAAUCCAAUGACAAGUCAAAGAUAUGGAAGCUCACUGAAAUCAAAGAACCAUCUCAUUGUAGAUCCUUGAAGCUACCUGAAAAUGCAAGAGUAACCAAGAUAUCGAGGUUGAUAUAUACUAAUUCAGGCAAUGCUAUUCUGGCAUUAGCUUCAAAUGCCAUUCAUCUUCUUUGGAAAUGGCAACGGAAUGAGCGUAAUUCAUCUGGCAAGGCCACUGCUAGUGUGCCACCUCAGUUGUGGCAUCCUUCAAGUGGCAUCCUGAUGACUAAUGACAUUAAUGAUAACAAUACUGAGGAUGCAGUUCCAUGUUUUGCUCUUUCCAAAAAUGAUUCUUACGUAAUGUCAGCAUCAGGCGGAAAGAUAUCUCUGUUCAAUAUGAUGACUUUUAAGACAAUGACAACGUUCAUGCCACCGCCACCUGCAGCAACAUUUCUGGCUUUCCAUCCGCAAGAUAACAACAUUAUUGCUAUAGGCAUGGACGAUUCUUCCAUUCAGAUAUAUAAUGUCCGCGUAGAUGAGGUUAAAAGUAAACUCAAUGGCCAUACUAAAAGAAUAACCGGUCUUGCAUUUUCUCAUGUACUGAACGUACUAGUUUCAUCUGGUGCAGAUGCUCAGAUUUGUGUAUGGAAUACUGAUGGAUGGGAGAAGCAGAAGAAUAGAUUCUUGCAAUUUCUGGCCGGGAGAACUCCACCAGCACAGGCAGAUACACGUGUUCAAUUUCAUCAGGAUCAGUUCCGCUUCUUGGUGGUACAUGAAACUCAGCUUGCCAUUUAUGAGGCAACAAAACUAGAAUGCUUAAAGCAGUGGUUCCCAAGAGAUUCUGCUGCACCAAUAUCACAUGCAACUUUCUCAUGUGAUAGCCAGCUAGUGUUUGCCAGCUUUUUAGAUGCAACAAUCUGUGUAUUUAGUGCUUCAAACCUUCGAUUGCGAUGUCGUAUCAAUCCUUCUGCUUAUCUUUCUGCAAAUAUCAGUUCUAACGUUCAACCGCUUGUAAUCGCUGCACAUCCACAAGAACCAAAUCAGUUUGCUGUUGGACUGUCAGAUGGUGUAGUUCAUGUGUUUGAGCCCCUUGAAUCUGAAGGCAAGUGGGGUGUGCCUCCACCCAAUGAGAAUGGAUCAUCAAGCAAUAUGGUAGUUUCUUCAGUUGGUGCUUCUUCUGAUGAACCCCAAAGAUGA